CGCUCACAAUGAGACGGAUGGUGCUGGGGCCCAGACCUGCCGAUGCACACGGCCGGUAACAGGGCAACAGGACCAGGGGACAACGAGGGUGCAGGCAAAGGGGAGAGAGAGGUUGCCCAGAGCGUGGACAAUCCAGGGCUUGAGGAGUCUGGGUUUGUGGUUUAUUUUCUCUCCUGACAAAGACACACACUGUCUAAACUGUGGGGCUGGUUGUUAUUAAGAAGCUGCUGUACGAGGGGAAAAUGUGUUUAAUAAAAGGCCCAGUGUUUGUGGGCUUCUUGGGCUCCCUGCUGAGCUCAGGAAAUCUUGAGGUGUGACCCGUUUUCAGUCUUCAAAACCAAGAUGAACUGCCCUUGAAGGAGGGUGGUCAGAAGCAAAACAUGUUCACCCUCUCUCUCCUGAGCCGGGGACACGGGAAGUUGGUCCAGAACAAACAGAAGUUAGAAGUCUAUUUUGAACCCGAGGAUUACCUGAACUGGAAGUCCCCAGAAGAUUACAUCCUGGUCAGCAAACCACAGGAUGAGGGCAAAGCUGACCAGCACAUGUGGAGCCUCUUUCUUCCUAAAACAUUCAGCACUAGAAAGGGUGCCCUGAUCCUCUACUCAGAAGGUUUAGCCAUAUCAGCAUGGACCCCCGAUGAGAGGAGAAAAGGCCCCUACCACUCCAAAGGCCACAGGAAGAAGCUGGAUCUUGAACUGCACACCCUUCAGGACCUCACAGAAGCCAUCCUGGCAUAUGGAAGGAGACAGAGAGAGCAGGACAGAGCCUGGCAGCCAUACCUCCACUUCCGAAGCCAACCAGAGAGCCAGGGCCUCCGGCAGAUCCAGCCUGGGUAUUCAGCCAAGAGAUACCUCCGUGGCCUCUUGAGGGCAUGGCCCCCUGACACCAUGUACAGGCUCCAAUGUGCAGGAUGCAUCAAGGAUUCUGUGCUGCUCCAGGACAGUCAACUUAAUGUAUCAAAGAAUCCCAGACCACAACAGGAUCUUUCAGGUGUACCCCCAAAAUACCACCUCCUGCCUGUCUUCCCUCCAUUUUGGAUUCAACAAGGAAAGUCUUUUGAACAAGGUCAGCAUGGCCUGGAUGAAGGGGAAGCUGGGGCUGGUGGACACAUGGACCAGGGCUCGGUAGCCAAGAACCAUGGCAGCCAUGGAACCCGCUUGCCACCACUCGGGAAACAGCCCUGGCAGGAAGAUGAAACCCAGGCAGAGGACACGUCAACAAAGAAUCGUCGUCAUUGUAUCCACGCUUCAAAGGAAAGCCACCAUGAAAAAACACAGCAAACCUCCAGGAGGGCCCCUGGGCAUGCCCGCCUUGAUCAUUCUUGGCUCCUGAGUGACAAAUCCCACACUACAUUCUAUGGAGGUGCCUUCCCCAAUAGGAAGGCAGAUCUCAACGACAAAGAAGGGAAUAUGAAACUCCACCAGGACAGAAGCAGCCACUUGUUCCAGGGGCCCCCUGCAGAAAGAUGUCUUUUCCCUCCUGUAGCAUCUGCCACUGGCUCAGAAAAAAACACACCUGGGGAAGCGAAGAAGAAGGCUCCAAAAGCUUUGAAAUUACCUCCUAUCUCAGAAGAACCGCCCAGAGUCCUGGACCCCCUGGGGAGUCAACUUAAAGCCAAUGAGCCCCCAGCAGAGCUCUUCAUCUUCCCCGUGGAGAUUCAUUUCCACACCCAACAUCCCCCAAAGGGAAAAGCAGGAAGAAGAGGUGCUCCGCACUCUGAGUCAACACUAGAAACAGAAGAAGAAUCCAAGCCUUUAUGGAGGCCUCCCCCGAAGCAGAUGUUCCUGAAAAAGCCAAGGGAGUUAACAGUGCAUCUUCCAGGGGACACAGGCAGGGACACACUCUCACCUCAAGACGAUGAUGCCCGACCCGAGAAUGGGACCCCACCACCGUCCCUGGUUAAAGGAAGAAAAAGUCCAGAGAGCCAGAGGAGCCUGGACAGCCCCAGGACAUCAGGCCACAGCUGCCUCACAGCGCCCCCAGUUGUGAGACAGGCCGGGGCGGCACUCCCAGCAGAGAGACAAGAAAAUUCCGGACACUUCUUGCCGGGCCCAGAUGGAGAAAGCAUCUACCUGUCCCCCCAAGGGCCUUCCCAAACUGAGCAGCUUCUGUUGGGUGAAGCCUAUGAGUCUGUCCAUUCAAACACCAGCCAUGGAGAGGAAGAGUCUAGUAUUCAACAUCUUCUCAAAGCAAACAAUGAAACUGGACCUGAUCUUCACAUGAAUCUUAAUGAAACCUCACCUUUGAGCCAAAAACCAGAGAAGCAGGGAGCCCAGCAGUCCUUGGAGGCAGCAGCUCAGAAGACAGGAGAGCCUCAAAGUUGUAUAAAUAAAGGGCUGAUAUGUUCAAACAGAAGAGGAUUUUACACACGCAAGCUGCACAUCGACGUGACGCCGUUCCUGAAGGGAAGUGAAGAUGAACUGGACUGCCACGAAGAACAAGGAGGACCCCACCACGAAAAUCAUCCAGAUGCUCAAGACCCAGAGCUCAGGAGUAUGACCCUUGACUGUCUUAGUGCUUCCCUGGCUGAGGACAUCCCUACCCCUGAGGCAGACACUGUCCAAAAGGCGGGCAGAGAUGAUAAUGUGCAGUAUCUGCACCGAGAACUCUCAGGACAGGAGUCUGAGUCCCCAGAGAGGUUGGGCCCUGUACACACAUCUCUUCUGACAAAAGGAAAAGAAGAGAAGACUGAACCAAGACUGUUCAACCAGCAGAUGUCAGCCACCAUCACCCAUGAAAUGGAAUUGAUGGACAAAGCCAAGAGAAAGAAAAGGACCAAGACAGAUAAGUCCAAGGCACCCAUGGGGGAGAGAAAAGGAAAGCUCCGCAGGGAAGCAGAGGCUGCUGUGGGAAAGUCAAAGGAAUCAAAGGCUGAAAGGAAAUCAGAGCUUAUUCCUAAAGAAAAAAAACAAGGAGCCAAAAGGAAAAGGACACAGAAGGAAGCAGAACUUAACUCUAAGGAAAUGAAAGGCAGCUCAGAUGGAGGUUUCUCUCCUUCGGGCUCCACUGAAGAGGACCCUUGGCUUUCUUCCAAACUUGAUGCACCCGAGAGCCAAGUCUCUCUAGAUGGAAGGUCAUCGCCCACCAGAACUACAACCAUCACUGGAAACUUGGAAUCUGAAGAAAAGAAAAGCCAUGAGGACCCUCCCAAGGUCCUCCUCGCUAAGAGGGAGCAAGAGAAAGCUUCCCAGGACAGGCUGCGUGCAGAGAGGGCGGAGAUGAGACGGCUGCAGGUGGAGAGGAAGAGAAGGGAGCAGGAGGAGCAGAGGCGGCUCCAGCAGGAGCAGCUGGAGAGGGCCGAGAAGAUGAAGGAGGAGCUGGAGCUGGAGCAGCGGAACCGCGCCGAGGAGAUCCGCUUGAGGAAACAGAGACUCGAAGAAGAACGGCAGCAGCAGGAGGAGGAGGAGAGAAAGCAGUGGCUUCAGGUGCAGAUGGCCCAGGAGAGAGCUCGGCAGCAGCAGGAGGAGUUCCAGAGGAAACUGCAGGAACUGCAGAGAAAAAAGCAGCAGGAGGAAGCCCAGAGGGCUGAGGCAGAGAAGCAAAGGCAGAAGGAAUUGGAAAUGCUGUUAGCAGAAGAACAAAAGCGCCUGAUGGAAAUGGCUGAAGAAGACCGGCUGGAGUACCAGCGACGGAAACAGGAAGCAGAAGAGCAGGCUCGGUUGGAAGCAGAGGAGAGACGGCAAAAGGAAGAGGAAGCAGCAAGGCUGGCUCUGGAGGAAGCCAUGAAGCAAGCCCAGGAGCAAGCCAGGCAAAAAGCUGCUUUGAAGAAACAUCUUCAUUUCCAUCAAGAACUCCAUAAGGAAGCCAGCGGCCUACAGUGGACACAGAACAUUUCUAGACCAUGGGUCUACUCUUACUUCCAGUUCCUACAAAUACCCAGACCUUAAGACCAGAAGAAAACUAAAAGUUGGGAGGUGGUAACAGAAGAAGAAACUUCCUUCUAUAAUGAAGUUCCAUACCAAGCCCAGUUAGUUCCAUUUCAUCUGGCUCACCUCACCCCACAGCUAACUUCCCUCUGGCUCUUCCAUCCCCCUCACCCCUCCCCACCACACGAACAUUACUCAACCCAGUUAAACUCUUCACUCACCUAAAUCCGUUACGUUUCCUAGAACCACUUAAAAUCCAGAAGAUUUGGUGCCUAAAAUUGGCCAGUGACUUCGUAAUUUGGUUGAAUUUUAGUAAAUUUCAGUUUAAUUUCAGUUAAUAAG